AUGAUUUUUCUUUUUUUCUUCUUUAAAUUUCCACCUCUUUUUGUCUCAGGUGUGCGUCAGGCUGCUUGGUUGACCAAAUCCAAGGUGAUCCCUGGUUUACCCCCUGCCCUCCUCUCAUUGGCUGAGAUACCCGAGAACCAGCUUCCAGAUCAAGACGAGCGAGUGAAGAAUGCUAUCAGACACGCCCGCUUCUGGGACACAACAGAUCCCCGGCCGAGAAAGAACAUUUACAGCAACACUCUGCUUCACAACCUGCUUCAUCUGUGUGCGACCCAACGCUCGACACAUCCAGCCAUCGGACGGAGGAUCUUUGCAGAGAAGUACUCUCUGGCUACCAUUUGGAAGAGAGGUGAUGACUUGCUCCAAAUUAGGGGUCAGAAUGGUUUACUGCAGUGCAGCAUGGAUCCUCUCCCAGAGGUCUGUGGGAAACAGGAAGUGGCUGACACAUCCGAUCACAUUCUGGAAACUUUCUAUCCCGUCUCGCCCACCAUCGAUUUGCAGCAAGUCAACGUAUACAAAGAGAUGAGCUGCACAGGUUUCACAGGUGAUUACCAAUACCCUCACGCCCACACGCUUUACUUCCUGGAGUCAACUGAACGCCAGUUUAGACUCAGCCCUGAGCAGUUCAGAGCUAAGAUGGUUAUGUUCACCUUUGGAAAUGCUUUGGCCCGUGCACACAAACUCUAUGGGUUUUCACCCCUGAGUGUGUUAGACCGUCCUAUAACUGUUCAAGCAGUGGGGACCAAUGGCAGAAUUUUCCAGUUUCUUGUUUUCCAACUAAACACCACAGACCUCUCUGGAGACAACGGCAUCAAGAAUCAGGUCUGGCUGGAUGAAAGCGUUGAACUUUAUGAUUUUGCGAAGGUGCGACCACUCAUCAGGAAGAAGCAAGUGAAGGAGGAGGAUUUUGAGGACAUGAUUGACUUGGCUGAAAUUAUGGAAAACCUGUACGGGUCCCUGUUUGACAAGGUGAUCGUUAACGGAGACGUCACCACAAUAUUUAGGAUGUUGAAAGCCGACCUCGAGAAGAUGGAUGAGGCAAACAUCCAUCCGACCAACUCCACGAGCACUGCUCCGUAUGAUCCUACAAGCCCUGAAGAUUCUAACCCACCAAGCCUGAUCAACCCGGAUGGAACAUUUCUGGACCCAACUCAUCCUGAUGGGCCAGUAAAUGCCCCUCAAGAAUCGAUGCAAGCACGACCACAGCGAGUGCCAGAGGCGUAUACGUGGGUCUAUUCAGAUGAAGGACGACCCAUCUAUGAGCCCAUCACUCCUGUUGAGUCUCCCAUGAGUGUGGAGGCGACAUCCUCUCAGCCUGUCACUAGCACAGCCCCACCUUCAUCUGAGGAUGCACAUCACUCCGGGGAUCCGACAUCUCAAGUGGGCAACUCACGAGAGGUCAACUCUGGCGAGCUGACGAUAGUGGAUUAUUGGGAUGCUGCUGACGAGGAGGCCCAAAGCCUUGGGCCUAGCGAUACUGAAGAUCCAGCACCGUAUCACGAGGAUCUGGUCAAUUUGGAUUACGAGGAAGAUGUCUUAAAAGUGGAUACAGCUGAUGAAGAUCGGGACUCGCUUGGAGUUUAA